CCGCUAACUAUUCGCAAUCGACCGACGUCUUGGAUGUUGGACUUGGGUUAUAAUGACUUGACUUCUGCUAAAUGAACCCGUGUACUAGUAUAAGUUUUUCGCAGUGGCGUAAUUAUUUCUUAAUACACGAGCGCCGAAACGAGGAUUGUUUUUCGAUAAGGACAAUUAGCGUCGAGUGAGAGUUUUUUGUGCGUUGUGCUGCAGUGGCGGCAAAAUGGAGAAGCAGUCGAGGUGGUCGGAGCAGCGCUCCGAGCAGCGCUCCGAACAGCGCGUGCAGCAGCACACCGAGCGGCGCGAGCAAGUGAUGCAGCAGCAGGAGCGCGUGCAGCGCACUGAGCAGCACUACACGCGCCAGAUGCUCACCCAGCAAGUUGAAUCUGCUGGCGAUCGCUUGCCUGUCACAUUAGGCAGGCCUGGCGAACCUUCUCCCCCAAUCUUUGAGCAAAUCUUCAAAAAUGCAAGGUUUGCGCAAGGCGGAAAUGCAAAAUUCGAAGGAAAACUUAGAGGCAAUCCUACCCCCGUUGUAUCGUGGACGAGAAAGAAAGCUCCACUGGUGGAGUGCAAUAAGUAUAGUAUGAGCUACAACGAACAAACCGGUGACGUGUCCUUAUUAAUUAAACAAAUCGGGCCGGGUGAUGAGGGCGAAUACACAUGCACGGCUCGCAAUCAAUACGGCGAGGCUAUUUGCUCCGUGUACAUUCAGCCUGAAGGCGUCCCGGUGCCCGCGCACCAGGCCUCGCAGCAACAGAGCUACAGGCACGUCAGUGAGAGCGUGGAACACAAAUCGUAUGGUACACAGGGGUACUCCACAGAACAGUCCAGUAAAACACAAAAAGUCGCAUACACCAAUGGCACUGACUAUUCAUCCACAGAAGAUUUCAAAGUGGACACCUUUGAGUACAGACUUUUAAGGGAAGUAUCAUUCAGAGAAACAAUUACUAAGAGAUACGUGAAUGAAAGUGACACUCACAUCAGUACUGAAAUUGACAGAACGCUUGGACCAGUGUCACCACCCAAAAUUGCACAAAAGCCGAGGAAUUCUAAACUUCAAGAAGGUGCUGAUGCCCAGUUCCAGGUACAACUAUCUGGUAACCCGAGGCCGCGCGUGACUUGGUUCAAGAAUGGACAACGGCUUGUUAAUACUAGCAAGCAUGAGAUUGUCACUACACAUAAUCAAACGACUCUUAGGGUAAGGAAUACACAAAAGUCUGACUCUGGCCAUUACACUUUAUUGGCUGAAAAUCCUAAUGGAUGCAUUGUCACAUCAGCUUAUCUUGCUGUUGAAUCUCCGCAAGAGACGUAUGUGCAAGAUCAAAGAUCACAGUAUAUCAUGGACUCUCAACAAACAGGAAUUGAAGAAAGAGUAGAAAUUAGUGAAAAAGCUCUCGCUCCGCAAUUUGUAAGAGUCUGCCAAGACCGCGAUGUCACGGAGGGCAAAAUGACGCGAUUCGAUUGCCGCGUCACAGGCAGACCUUACCCAGAAGUCACGUGGUUCAUUAACGAUAGACAAAUUCGAGACGAUUAUAAUCAUAAGAUUUUAGUAAACGAAUCAGGUAAUCAUGCGCUUAUGAUUACAAACGUCGAACUUAGUGACAGUGGUGUAGUCACGUGUGUAGCGCGCAACAAGAGUGGAGAAACAUCUUUCCAGUGCAGACUAAACGUCAUCGAAAAGGAACAAGUAGUUGCACCGAAAUUCGUUGAACGUUUCAGUACUUUAAGUGUUCGCGAAGGAGAACCAGUUAUUUUGAAUGCACGCGCAGUUGGCACACCUACACCACGGAUCACAUGGCAGAAGGACGGCGUUCCGAUAAUACCCAAUCCAGAGUUACGAAUUAAUACCGAUGGUGGGGCCUCGACGCUGGACAUUCCUCGAGCCAAGGCGUCGGAUGCGGCAUGGUACCAGUGCACCGCCCAGAACGUCGCAGGCUCCACCGCCACUCGGGCAAGGCUCUACGUCGAAGUACCAAAAGAGCCUCCGCCUGAGCAGAAGCGUCUGCACUUGCCGCGGCCUACAAAGAUUAUCGAGCCAGAACCUGCUCCUGGACCAGAAAUCAUUUACUUAAGGCACGUGGAAAGGGCAAGACCUUACAUUCCUCCUGGUGAGGAAGAUCGAGUUUAUCCUCCACCGCAGUUUAUUGUGCCACUCAAGAGUAUUUCACAGAUGGAGGGUGGCAAAAUACACUUUGAAACGAGGAUAGAACCGGUUGGCGACCCAACGAUGAAAAUAGAAUGGUUAAGAAAUGGACAAAGUAUCGAAGCCAGUUCUAGGUUUACAUCAAUUUUCCGGUUUGGAUAUAUUUCUCUCGACAUGCUCAGUCUUAACAUUCAAGAUACUGGAGAAUACACUUGCAGAGCAAUAAGUGCAACAGGAGUUGCAGAAACUAAGGCUAUGUUGCAAGUAACUCCAAGAGCAACCAUCGAAAGAACAAGCCAACACCCAGAGAGCUUACAAUAUAUUCAACAGUUGGAAGAUUAUUCUAGAUAUCAGCACCAAGAGUCAAUAGAAGAACAGAUUUCGCAGAGGCCACAAUUUAUAAGGCCUCUUCAAGAGCUUGGUGAAUUACAAGAAGGCAGAAACGCCCAUUUCGAAGCUCAACUUACUCCAGUCAGUGAUCCUACUAUGAGAGUAGAGUGGUACAAAGAUGGUAGACCCAUUACAGCUAGCUCGCGAAUCACGUCAAUCUUCAACUUCGGUUACGUCUCCCUUAACAUCAUGCACCUACGGGCUGAAGAUGCAGGUUCGUACACAGUGAGAGCUGUAAAUAAGUUAGGUGAAGCCAUUAGUACCGCUUCGAUCAGAGUAGCUGCUAGGAGUACAGUUACUGCCGAUCUUGGCAUACCAGAACAACGACGAUACAUUGAGAAGACUGAGCAAUUGGAAGCAUAUCAGCAACAACAACACCAAAAGUAUUAUCAGGAAGCACCUGAAAGCACUCAGAAACCGGAGUUCAAAACACCAAUUAAGGAUCAAAUCAAUAUUAAGGAAGGUGGGUUCGCUCAUUUUGAAGCUCGCCUCGAACCAGUAGGUGAUUCAACUCUGAGAGUUGAGUGGCUGAAAGAUGGGCGUCCUGUUGAAGCCAGUUCAAGAAUAACUACAUUCUUUAACUUCGGAUAUGUCGCAUUAACAAUCAAAUCUGUGACCAUACACGAUGCUGGUCACUACACUUGCCGAGCUUAUAAUGCUCUUGGUCAGGCAGCUACCAGUGCUAACCUAACCAUAGUAACAAAGAAAGAUAUUAUCGCCGAAUCUCAACAUCCAGGUGGAUACGAAAAAAUUCAACAUCUUGAAGAUUCCAGCCGAUAUUCAAGACGUGCUGAGGAAGAAGUGAGGGUUACACAAAAGCCUCGAUUUUUGGGACCAUUGAAGGGUACUAAUAAAAUAGUAGAAGGGCAAAGCGCUCACUUUGAAGCAAGAGUAGAGCCACAAAGUGAUCUGACUAUGACUGUAGAAUGGUAUUUUAACGGAAAGCAGAUUAAGAGUGCUAAUCGCAUUCAGACGUACCAUGACUUUGGCUACGUAGCAUUGGAUAUUGCCAGCGUUCGCUCUGAUGAUACCGGAGUUUACACCGUCGUAGCCCGCAAUGCAGCUGGAGAAGCCCAACUGAGUGCUUCUAUGACAGUGGAAACACGAUCCAGUAUUGACACGUCGAGUAUCCACCGUGGUUUAUACGAAAAGACUAGGCACAUUGAAGAGUCCAAGUUUGUGGAACCGAUGUAUGAGAUUGAAGAAAUCUCCAAGUCUAAACCAGUUUUUGUUCAACCUCUAUCUGAUCCAGCUCCAGUAUCAGAAGGUAAAAAUAUUCACUUAGAAUGCAGGUUGGAACCCAUGGGUGAUCCGACCAUGCGCGUGGAAUGGUUCCAUAAUGGAAGAGCCGUGACAGUCGGCUCAAGAUUCAGGACUUACUAUGACUUUGGAUUUGUUGCACUCGACAUCAUACACGCAACAUCUUCUGACUCUGGAGAAUAUACCGUGAGAGCUGUAAACCACCUGGGAUCCGCUCACACAUCCGCGAUGGUUCGUGUUAUUGAACGAUCAGAUAUUCUAACUGACACGCAAAAUGAACAAGCUGUGGAACAAAUUCAAAUGCUGGAAGAUGCAGCGCGUAGAUCCAGACAAGUACAUGAAGAUAUUACUGUGAGGCAGGCACCUCAAUUCUCUAGAGCUUUACAUAACAUUGAGACUGUUGAAGGGACCAAUGUGCAUUUGGAGUGUAGAUUGCAACCGGUUGGUGAUCCAACCAUGAGAGUAGAAUGGUUCUGCAAUGGAAGACCGAUUAAAACAGGACACAGGUUUAGGCCGGCCUAUGAAUUUGAUUACGUUGCCCUAGACCUUCUGAGUGUCUAUCCUGAGGACUCAGGUGUAUACACAUGCCAAGCUACAAACCAACUUGGUGAAGCCGUAACUUCUUGUGCUUUACGAGUAAUUGCUAAAAAAGAUCUUAUUUUCGAGUCGCAACACCCAUCAGGACUAGAAAAAAUCCAAUAUUUGGAAGAUGCCUCACGUUACAAGAAGAGUGAGGUAGUUGAUGAGUCCAUAAAUAUAAAACCUCGGUUUAUUACAAAACCAAAGUCUAUCGAUAAUGUUGUUGAAGGUCACCAUGUUCAUUUCGAAUGCAAACUUGAACCAGUGACAGAUUCUAACCUGAAAGUAGAAUGGUUCAAAAACGGGCACCCCGUGACCAUUGGGCACAGAUUCCGCCCGAUUCAUGAUUUUGGCUAUGUCGCACUUGACAUAAUUGACCUGAUUGCUGAAGACACCGGUGUUUACACAUGCAGAGCCGUCAACCUCGUCGGUACUGAUGAAGUCAGCUGCAGAUUGACUUGCCGCAGCACUGCAGAUAUAGUCAGAGCAACACAAAAUGAAGCCGGUCUUACACAAAUUCAAUCACUUGAAGAUAGGUCUAAACAUCACAGGACCGAUUUCGUUGAUGAGGUUACUACGCAAGCACCAAUAUUUACUACCUCACUGAAAAACAUUGAGAUCAAAGAAGGCCAAAGAGCUCACUUCGAGUGCAGGCUGAUACCUGUUUCAGAUCCUACUAUGAAAGUAGAAUGGUAUCACAACAACAAACCACUAAAGAGUGGAUCAAGAUUUACGGAAACCAACAACUUUGGUUUUGUUGCUCUUGACAUUAUGUCUUGCCUACCUGAAGAUUCCGGAACGUACACCUGCAGAGCUAUUAAUGCUCUCGGUGAAGCAGUUACAUCUGGAAUUGCUAUUGUACAUUCUAGAAAAUCAAUUUACUUGGAAUCGCAGCACGAAGGAGCUCUUCCAAGACUUAACCAACUAGAAGAUACUUCUAGAUAUCAAAGACACAGUGCUCAAGAUGAAUCUAUUACACAAGCACCGGUGUUUACAAUGCCUAUGAAGGACAUACGAGUAGCUGAAAACCAAGCUGCUCAUUUCGAAGCAAGGCUCAUUCCUGUCGGUGAUCCGAAACUCCGAGUGGAAUGGCUACGCAAUGGCGUACCUAUUGAAGCUUCAAACCGCUUGACAACUAUGCAUGACUUUGGUUAUGUUGCCUUGAAUAUGAAAUAUGUAAAUCCAGAAGAUUCUGGAACUUAUACAUGCCGUGCUAUCAACGAACUAGGUGAAGCUGUAACAUCAUCUACACUAUUCGUUCAAUCUAAAGCAUCGCUUCAACUGGAGUCUCAGCAUGAGAGUGCCUUAGAGAAAAUCCAGCAGUUGGAAGAUUCUUCUCGCUACCGACGCAGAGAGGACGUCGAAGUAGCCGUCAAUCAGGCACCGAGAUUCAUCACACAACUGAACGGACCAUCGAGGCUUGUAGAGGGCCAGAGUGCUCAUUAUGAAUGCCGCAUUGAACCCUACCCAGAUCCAAAUAUGCGGGUAGAGUGGUACUUUAAUGGAAAGGUCCUUCAAAGCGGCCACCGUUAUCGCACAGCUUAUGAUUUCGGAUUUGCUGCACUUGAUAUCUUAACAGUAUAUGGAGAAGAUUCUGGUGAAUAUACUUGCAAGGUUAUUAAUAACCUGGGCCAAGCCACCUCUUCAAUCAAAUUGAACGUGCAGUCUAAGGAAUCCAUCAUAAGAGAUACACAGCAUGAGAGUGCUCUUGAAAAGAUACAGUACCUCGAAGAUGACAGUCGCUACAAACGUGUAGUUCGGGAUGAGAGCUUCGUGGCUGAGAAACCACAAUUCGGAAAGCCAUUGAAAAACGCUGAAGUUAGUGAAGGCAAGCCAGUACAUCUGGAAGCUACCCUUACUCCAGUUAACGAUCCCACUAUGCGUGUGGAAUGGUUCUGUAACGGUAGACCUGUACAACAAGGUCAUCGAUUCAAGACAACAUACGAUUUUGGUUAUGUUGCGCUAGAUAUUCUGUAUGCUUACGCUGAAGACAGCGGCACCUACAUGUGCAAAGCUACUAACGCUGUCGGCGAAGCUGUCACCACUGGCUCUGUGAAAGUUGAUGCUAAAGCCGGACUUUACUUAGACACAUUAGAUGAGCAACGUCUCAAAAAGAUACAAGAACUAGAACAGUAUGAGAGACCAAAACCGGUGCAAGAGGAGCAGCCAGGUCAGAGGCCAGUGUUCUUAACAGCCCUGACGAGCUUGGAGAACUUGAAAGAAGGAGACCAUGCACACUUCGAGUGUAGAGUAGAACCGAUCAACGACCCCGAUCUAAAGAUUGAAUGGUUCCUUAAUGGACAAAAGAUAAGAGCUGGCCACAGGUACAGGACAACACAUGACUUCGGUUAUGUUGCCUUAGAUAUUCUGUACACAUACUCUGAAGAUUCUGGAACUUACAUGUGUAAGGCCACUAAUAAACUCGGGGAAGCAGUUAAUACAUGCACGAUGAAGGUUGCAGGGCACAGAAGUAUCAUCCUUGACACUCAGCAUCCAAAUGGCUUGGAGAAAAUUAGACAACUUGAAGCCCAAGGCCAUCAUACAAGGAUGGAAGUUGAAGAACCUAAAGUUAGUCCACCUAGGUUUGUCACGGAGUUACGUGGAACGACUCAUGUAUUUGAGGGUCAGACAGCUCACUUUGAAUGCCAGGUGGAGCCGGUACAUGAUCCUAACUUGAGAAUUGAAUUCUACCAUAAUGGCAAGGCCCUGCAAUCUGCUGCACGGUUCCAUAUCACUUUUGAUUUUGGUUACGUGUCAUUAGAUAUUCAGCAUUGCGUCCCUGAGGACGCUGGUGAAUACUCAGUGAAGGCAAUUAAUGCAUUAGGCCAGUGUACAUCAUCUAUAUCUAUGACAGUAACCGCAAAAGGAAGCAUUAUAUCGGAAUCUCAACGUCCUGAAGGCUUGGAAAAGAUCCGAGAGCUAGAAUCUGCGGAACCGUUUAAACGUCCCGAAAUUCCAGAACCAGUAACACGCCAAAGACCAGUAUUCACUCAACCUCUUCAAAAUAUUGAUAACAUUCAGGAAGGUCAAACAGCUCACUUUGACUGUAGACUUAUUCCAGUCGGUGACCCUACCCUUAAAGUGGAAUGGUUCAGAAAUGAGAAACUUAUUGAGGACAGUUCUAGAAUUACGAAGACCCACGACUUUGGUUAUGUGUCGAUGACUAUCACCCAUGUUCGUGAUGAAGAUGAAGGCGUCUAUAUGUGCCGAGCUUCCAAUCUAUUGGGCGAAGCGGUAACGACUGCUGCCAUGAGAAUAAAAACAAAGGCAGCCAUUCAAAUGGAUACACAACAUCCAGAGGGUAUGAAGAAAAUCCAGCAACUUGAACAACCACAGCAAAGAAGGCCUGAUGAGCCUGAACGCGAGUUUGAAAAGCCUAUCUUUACCCAAGUACUUACGGGACCCUCGGAAUUAUGGGAGGGACAGCAUGCUCAUUACGAAGCACGAGUAGUGCCUGUUGGUGACCCAAGCUUAAGAUUUGAGUGGUACAUCAAUGGAGUAGAACUCAAAAUGGGUUCCAGAUUCCGUACCACUCAUGAUUUCGGAUUUGUCACUUUAGACAUUAAUUCGGUAGUAGCCGAAGACGCUGGCCUUUACAUGUGCAAAGCGAUAAACAAAGCUGGCAGCACAGUAUCUUCUGCUUCUCUGAAGAUCAAGACAAAGUCAACCAUUGUAGAUCAGACAAUGAGACCUGAAGCUUGGGAGCAAAUUCAAUUGAAGGAAGCCGCCAUGAACAAAGUACCGGAGAUGUUUGUGGACUCAGGCGUUCAACAGGCACCAAUCUUCACCACACAUCUUAAGAGCUAUGAUAAACUCGUUGAAGGACAGCACGUUUACUUAGAAGCCCAAGUAGAACCACGAACUGACCCUAACCUCAGAAUUGAAUGGUUCAAGAAUGGUAUGUCUCUCACAACCGGCUCAAGAUUAAAGAGUACAUUCGAUUUUGGUUUGGUAACUCUUUCCAUCAACAGUGUUAGGAUCGACGAUUCUGGAAUUUACACCUGCAAAGCAACCAACUUAAUGGGAGAAGCUGUAUCAACCGCUUCCAUUAAAAUAGAAGAUCGCCACUGGCUACUUGGUGAAACGCUUCACCCUGAAUCUUUGGAUAGGAUAGGUGCUCUUGAACAGCCUAAAGCUGGCAAACCGGAGGCCCCUGAACCUGUAUAUGAAAUACCCGUAUUUAUAUCUCAUCUGAACAAUAUUCUAUGCAAAGAAGGUGAAAAUAUACACUUCGAAUGUAACGUUGAGCCUUCUAGGGAUCCUACACUUAAGAUUGAAUGGUUCUUCAACAAUAAACCGCUACCAUCCGGUUCGAGAUAUAAGAGUACACACGAUUUCAGCUAUGUGUCUCUUGAUAUUACUCACACUUACGAAGAAGAUUCUGGUAUUUACACAUGUAAGGCUACUAACAGCAAGGGUUCUGCAACUACAUCAGGCUCGCUAAGAUGUACUGGAGAUAAAAACAUAUAUUUCGAUACUCAGCACCCUCAAGGAAAGGCUGGAUUGGAAGCAGUUGAACAGGCAGAAGAAGCACGUUUGUCAAAAUCUAGGAGAACAUCUGUACCUGAUGUAGAGUACCCGAAACCGGAAUGGGUGGUACCUGUAGCCGCAGAAAAUCAAUUAAUUGAAGGACAAGCCCUUCACCUCGAAGGACAGGUUGAACCAAAGAAUGAUCCCAACCUCAGAAUUGAAUGGUACUUUAACGGAAAAGUUUUAGAACAAGGUUCAAGAUUCAAGCUUACAAGCGAUUUUGGCUUUGUAACUUUGGACUUGACUGAUGUGUAUGAGAGAGACAGCGGAAUUUACACUUGUAAGGCUUACAAUAAGAGGGGUGAAGCCUUUACAUCAUCAACCGUGUUCUGUACUAGCAAAGAAAACCUUAUUGAGAGAACACAACAUCCUAAAGGCACUGAAGGAUUGGAAAAGAUACAAAACUUGGAGGAGUCUCUGCGUAGAGAGCCAGGUCAGAAACCUGAUGAUGACACUGGAAGACCUCCAGAAUUCACAACCGUAUUCCAAGAUAUUGUCGACAUUAGUGAGGGACAGAUUGCCCACUAUGAAGCAUCUCUCAUUCCAACAGGAGAUCAAAGUAUGGUCAUUGAGUGGUUCUACAAUGGAAAAUCUAUUGAAGCUAGUCAUCGCAUUCGUACAGUUUAUGCCUUCGGUAUGGUUGUACUUGAAAUCCUUGGAACUAAGACAACUGAUUCGGGAGUGUACUCAUGCCGAGCAACCAACAGAUGGGGACAAGCGGAAAUAAGCGUCAAGUUGGAAUGUGUUGACAAGAGCAAAGGACAGAAACCAAGAUUUACCACUCAUAUUAAAAACAUUGAAGGUUUGAAGGAUGGUCAAUCGGCUCACUUUGAAUGCACAGUUGUGCCGGUUGACGACCCAGACUUGAAAAUUGAAUGGUAUCAUAACGGCCAACCUCUGCGCCACUCUACUAGAAUUAAAACGGUUUCAGACUUUGGUUUUGUUGUCCUUGAUAUUGCAUACACUCAAAACCAUGAUACUGGUGAAUACGUUUGCCGUGCGUAUAACAAGUACGGCGAAGACUUCACUAAGGCUAAUAUAACUUGCUUCGGAAGGGGUGGAGUUUAUCUCGAUAGCUUACAGCCUGAUUCUUUGGCUAAAAUCAGGGAAUUGGAAAGCCUACAAGGAAUGCAACAGCAAGCGCCUGCGCCUGCAUCAGCUGUGCCACCUAAGUUCAUUACUCAAAUUCAAGACGUGACUAAGUUAGCAGAAGGUCAAAGUGCACACUUUGAGGCUAGACUUGUGCCAGUUGAUGAUCCAGACCUAAAAGUUGAAUGGUUCUACAAUGGCAAGAAAUUGCCUCAUGGUCACAGGUACAGGACUUUCCAUGACUUCGGAAUUGUUAUAUUGGAUAUUCUUUACUGCUAUGAAGAAAACUCAGGUGUAUACGAGUGUGUGGCUACUAAUAAGCUCGGACGCGAUUCUACAAAGGCUACGUUGAAAUGUACUUCAAAGGAGAAUUUAAUCUUGGACUCGCAACUACCGCGGGGCAUGGAAGGUGGGUUGGAAAAACUGCAGACUCUCGAAGACUCCAUGAUACGCAGAAAAGAUGUCAAGGAAGAAGAGGAACGGGGUAAAGCUCCCGUCUUCACAGUGCCGCUUUCAAACAUCGAUAACCUUCGGGAAGGAGAAAAUGCACACUUUGAAGCGAGAUUAACACCAACUGAUGACCCUAACUUAAAGGUGGAGUGGUACUGGAAUGGAAAGUCACUUAAGGCUGGUUCCAGGUUCAGAACCUUCUGCGACUUUGGUUUUGUCAUCCUUGAAAUUUCUCCAACUUACCCUGAAGAUUCUGGUGAAUACUUAUGCAGGGCAUACAACAAUUAUGGAGAGGCAGUUACAACAGCCACAAUGAAAGUACAAGGAAAGCGAAACAUUAUUCUGGAAUCACAAUUACCCAAAGGCAUGGAAGGAACCAUUGAUAAAAUUGCGGCCCUUGAAGGCUACACUGGUACUGUAGACUCCAUGACUCCAGAAGCUGAGACUGGUAAUCCUCCUGAAUUCACCACUACACCUUCAGACCUCAUUUUAUCAGAAAAUUCUUCGGCUCACUUUGAGUGCCGUCUUAUUCCUGUUAAUGAUUCGAGUAUGAGAGUAGAAUGGUUCCAUAAUGGAAAGCCACUUCUCACCGGAUCUAGAGUAAAGACCAUUAAUGAUUUCGGAUUCGUAAUAUUGGAAAUUGGUGGUGUAUACCAACGUGACGCAGGUCUCUACACCUGCAAGGCCACCAACCGACAUGGAGAAGCAACUGUUUCUUGCAAACUACAAGUCAAGGGAAGACAAGGUAUCAUUUUGGAACCACAAUUACCAUCUCACUUCAAGUCUGGUACUGAGAGCAUCCAGAAAUUGGAGGAGACUCUGCACAAGCGUGAAGAAAUUACAGUUGAAGAUGAAAAGCCCAACCCACCUAAGUUUAUCGUAGAAAUCAAAGACAACAUUGAUGUCCCUGAAGGUGGACCGAUUCACUUCGACUGUCGUGUUGAACCAGUUGGUGAUCCCACUAUGAGAAUUGAUUGGUUCUACAAUGGCCGACCUUUCGCAACCGGAUCGCGAGUUCAUAUGCUCAAUGAUUUCGGAUUUAUCGCUCUGGACAUCGACUAUAUUUAUGCUCGUGAUGCUGGAGAGUAUACUUGUCGCGCUACCAACAAAUGGGGUUCCGCAACCACUACUGCUAAGAUCACCUGCAGUGCUAAGCGUGAUAUUGUAUUAGAGUCCCAGCUUCCACAAGGUAUGAGCGGAGAGAAGAUCAAGGAGCUUGAAAGGGGCCGUGUUAGUGAUGCACCAAAGGAAGAACCUGUUAUAAGCAGCCCGCCUAAGUUCAUCACUCAGAUCCAGUCGCACACAGUUGAAGAAUCAGAAAGCGUACGAUUUGAAUGUCGCGUGGAACCUAAAGAAGACCCGAAAUUGCGUAUCGAAUGGUACCGUAAUGGCAAGCUUUUGCCUUCUGGCCAUAGGUACCGCACUGUUUAUGAUAUGGGUUUCGUUUCACUUGACAUUUUGUACGUUUAUGCUGAAGACUCGGGUGAAUACGUAUGCCGUGCAGUAAAUGAUAUUGGCGAAGAUUUCACUAGAGCUACAGUGUCUUGUAAACAACUACCGGAUAUUAUCCUGCAAAAUCAAGUACCACGAGGAAUGAAGAAAUCGGAGGCACUCACUCAGAUGGAAGCCACCAUUAAGAAGUAUACUUCAGAAAUUUUCUUGACUGAAGAUGACUUAUAUGAUGCUGACAAGAAACAGCCGCCACGCUUUGUAACCCAGAUUGAAAGCCAAACAACCUUGGUGGAAAUGGAGUCCACGAAGUUUGAGUGCCAGUUAGCUCCUGUUGGUGAUCCUAACAUGAAAGUGGAAUGGUUCUUCAAUGGAAAACCCUUAUUGCACAAGAACCGAUUCACGCCUAUUUACGACUUUGGUUACGUGGCUAUGAACUUUGGCUGGGUUUAUCCUGAAGACAGUGGUGAAUACCUUUGCCGUGCAACCAACCUGUACGGUAUGGAUGAAACCCGAGCUGUUAUCAAAACAGCUGGUAAACCUGGUAUUGUUUAUGAUUCUCAAUUACCUAAGCACAUGAAGAGUAUUGAGAAAAUAAGAGAAAUGGAAGCCGCUUGGCAAAUGGUACCUGAAGAAGCAGCAGAAGAGACAAAGGCUCGAUCACCGCCAGUCUUUGUAAGCCGUCCAGACCCAGUGACCGUCGAGGAAGGCGAAUGGGCUCGUUUCUGCUGCCGAGUCACCGGACACCCCAAACCACGAGUGAUGUGGCUCAUCAAUGGCAACACCAUCGUUAAUGGUUCUAGAUACAAACUGACGUACGAUGGAAUGUAUCAUUUCGAUAUUCCUAAGACAAGGCAAUACGACACUGGUAAAAUCGAAGUUAUUGCUAGGAGUUCAGCAGGCGAAGCUUUGGCCACGACUGAACUUAAAGUUAUUCCGAGACACGACGACUACAGAGGGGUUCUAAAGAAUGCUCCACGACCAUGGUACGAUGAAACUACACAGUAUCAGCGCUCUGAAACAGAAUUAGAGAAAACGUUUGAGGAAAGGCAAGUUUUGCAACGACAGGGAGUUAUUGACCACAGGCCUGAGUUGAAACCGAAGGUCAUCAAAGAGCCGGAAACAGAAUGGCAACAGACUGUCAAGAAGAAGAAGAGUGAAGAGUAUUACAAUAAACUGCAGGAACUCGAAAAUGAGCAGGUUAUUAAGGAAAGUCGAUUUAGAGAAUCCACUCAUCAAUAUGCUAUUCCUGGGGAAAAGAUCGCUAGUAGUUCUAUUGCCAAGGGCAUGGCUCAAAGAUACGAGGACACCCUGGAACAAACUGAAGUUACAACUGAACAAGUACAGCAGAAGAAAGUAGCGAAGCCUAGAAUUCCGCCAGGCCCAUCUGAAUCUACCGUUCAUGGAAAAGAAGUACAUGUUGCCAAACAGAAACAAAUUCAGAAGGAAGUGGUCGGAGAUACAGAAAUAACACGUAAGAUUACUUCUACUGAAACAACUGAAAUGGAACAUAAAGCUCAGACACAGGAAAGAGUAGUGGAAGGACCUGUGAAGCCUAGCAAGCCUCCAGUAUUUACUAAGAAAAUGCAACCUUGCCGUGUGUUCGAACACGAACAAGCCAGGUUCGAAGUAGAAUUCGAUGGAGACCCACUGCCGACCAUCAAGUGGUACAGGGAGAACUUCCCCAUUAAAAACUCCGCUGACUUCCAGAUCCACACAUUUAGCACCAAAUCCAUUCUUAUCAUCAGGCAAGUUUUCGUUGAAGACUCUGCUGUGUUUGCAGCUGUGGCUGAAAACCGCGGAGGAACUGCUAAAUGUAGCGCUAACUUAGUUGUAGAAGAGCGCAGAAAGCAAGGAAGGGGUGGAGUUGCACCACCAAGUUUCACUUUAACAGCUCAAAACGUUAAUGUGACAGCCGGUCAACUAGUCAGGUUUGAUACCAAAGUGACUGGAACAAAGCCUAUUGAUGUUUACUGGCUGAAGAACGGAAAGAAAGUUCAGCCGGAUAUCAGAAACAAAAUACUAGAAGAAGAUGGCACAUACACCCUUCUUAUUCUUGAAGCUUAUCCCCAAGAUUCGGGUAAAUAUGAGUGUGUUGCUAUAAACAGCGCUGGAGAGGCACGGUGUGACGCUGAGUGUUCCGUUAAUGCCCCUGCUACCAAAGAAAAACCAAAACCUCAAACUAAAGCCGCUAACGCGCCUCCUGAAAUUAUUGAACCCCUGAAAGAUAAGGUUGUUGCUGAAGGUCAAGCCAUUGAAUUCAGUUGCAAGAUCGUUGGUAAGCCGGCGCCUACAGUCCAGUGGUUCAAAGGCGAAAAAUUGAUUAAGCCGUCGAAGUACUUCCAAAUGUCACGCACUGCGGACGAAUACACUCUUCGCAUAUCUGAAGCGUUCCCUGAAGACGAGGGUGACUAUAAAUGCGUUGCUUACAACUCGGCUGGCCGAGUGACUGUUGCCGCAAAACUUAAAGUAACUCAGCCUGAUCAGGCCGAUAAUCUGCCAACUUUAACACCUCUACGAGAUCUGGUUGUUUAUGAAGGACAGCCAGCACAAUUCAAAACUCAAAUAACCAGCAAAGUCAAACCGACGAUUCAGUGGCUUCGAGAAGGUGCUCUUAUCCCUGAAACGCCGGACUUCCAGAUGAUCCACGAAGGCAACAACGCCGUGUUGCUAAUCGGCAACACGUACGAGGAGGAUACUGGAACCUUCACUUGCCGGGCCACCACAGCCGCCGGCCAAGUCGAGACAUCGGCUAAGCUAGUCGUCAAAAAAUCUCGUACAACGGUACGGAAGACUUUCCAUGAUAAGACCGAUGUAACUACUUCGAGUACUGAAGAUGUUGAUGUAACACAAGUCAGUAAAUCAUUAUACCAGUCCACAGAGGAAAGUAAUUUACUGAAAGUUCAAAAUGUGCAAGAAGUAGAUACACAAAAACUUGUUUCAAACAUACCCUGGCGGCGGUCAAAACAAGAGACAAAAGAAGAGAGCCUUGAGGUUAAGCAUUGGAGAAAGCAAAAACCAGAAACAAAACAAUCAUUUUCAGAUAAAAAGUUGAUAACAGAAGACACUACAUUGUUACAAGUAAAAGAUGACACUGAAAUUACCAGCACUAAUAAAGAAGUAUUAGAAGUUAAAUCUUGGAGGAAGCCGCGUACCAAAGAUCUUUCUACGGAUAAGAAAUUAGUCACUGAAGAUAGCAAUAUACUAAAAAUUCAGUCCGAAAUUGAUGAAGACAAAACGCAAAACUUGGAAACAAAAUCAUGGAGAAAACCUCGACGUGACGAUAAAUUGACUGAAACUUUAUCUACCACUGAAGAUGUCACGUUAUUACAAACAGAGGAAGAUGAAGAGGAAAUCCAAAAGAAGAUUUCUCAAAAACCACGCACUGAUGAUAAGAAGCCAAUCAUCAGAGACGAGAGAAAAGAUUCAAUUCCUUGGACUCAGGAAGGUAUCAAACUGCGUCCAACGAAGGUUGAAAAGGCCCCAUUGGUGAAGGAAAAAAUAGAAGACGUAACUUUGAAGAAGGUAAGGCGAGAAUCAAUCAAAAAAACAGAAACUGUAGAAGUUGAAGAACUUAUGACCUACGAAAAAGACACUGCAAUAUUGAAAAUUGAUGAAACUGAGCAACAAACAGUCAAAACCAAGGAUGAAGAUACACCUGUAUGGCGACGUAAAACAAAGAAAACAAAACAAGAACAUGAAGAAGAUACUGAGGAACCCGAAGAAAAGAAGCCUGAAGAGGUACAGCUUAAGCCGGUCAAGAAGGAAAAGCAAGUGGAAGAGGCAAAGCCUGAGGAGCCCAAGUGGCCUACAGGCAAAAGGCGACCGAAGGAAGAGGAACCGAAAGAAGAGGUAGUACUCAAGCCAAUUCCCAAGCAAAAGGCACCCGAAGAAGAGAAGCCUGAAGAGGUGCAGCUUAAGCCAGUCAAGAAGGAAAAGCAAGUGAAAGAGGCAAAGCCUGAGGAGCCCAAGUGGCCUACUGGCAGAAGGCGACCGAAGGAAGAGGAACCGAAAGAAGAGGUUGUACUCAAGCCAAUUCCAAAGCAAAAGGCACCCGAAGAAGAGAAGCCUGAAGAGGUGCAGCUUAAGCCAGUCAAGAAGGAUAAGCAAGUGGAAGAGACAAAGCCUGAGGAGCCCAAGUGGCCUACUGGCAGAAGGCGACCGAAGGAAGAGGAACCGAAAGAAGAGGUAGUACUCAAGCCAAUUCCCAAGCAAAAGGCACCCGAAGAAGAGAAGCCUGAAGAGGUGCAGCUUAAGCCAGUCAAGAAGGAAAAGCAAGUGGAAGAGGCAAAGCCUGAGGAGCCCAAGUGGUCUACUGGCAGAAGGCGACCGAAGGAAGAGGAACCGAAAGAAGAGGUUGUACUCAAGCCAAUUCCAAAGCAAAAGGCACCCGAAGAAGAGAAGCCUGAAGAGGUGCAGCUUAAGCCAGUCAAGAAGGAAAAGCAAGUGGAAGAGCCAAAGCCUGAAGAGCCCAAGUGGCCUACUGGCAGAAGGCGACCGAAGGAAGAGGAACCAAAAGAAGAGGUUGUACUCAAGCCAAUUCCAAAGCAAAAAGCACCCGAAGAAGAGAAGCCUGAAGAGGUGCAGCUUAAGCCAGUCAAGAAGGAAAAACAGGUGGAAGAGGUGAAACCUGAGGAGCCUAAGUGGCCUACCGGCAGAAGGCGACCGAAGGAAGAGGAACCGAAAGAAGAGGUUGUACUCAAGCCAAUUCCCAAGCAAAAGGCACCCGAAGAAGAGAAGCCUGAAGAGGUGCAGCUUAAGCCAGUCAAGAAGGAAAAGCAAGUGGAAGAGGCAAAGCCUGAGGAGCCCAAGUGGCCUACUGGCAGAAGGCGACCGAAGGAAGAGGAACCGAAAGAAGAGGUAGUACUCAAGCCAAUUCCCAAGCAAAAGGCACCCGAAGAAGAGAAGCCUGAAGAGGUGCAGCUUAAGCCAGUCAAGAAGGAAAAGCAAGUGGAAGAGGCAAAGCCUGAGGAGCCCAAGUGGCCUACUGGAAGAAGGCGACCGAAGGAAGAGGAACCGAAAGAAGAAGUAGUACUCAAGCCAAUUCCCAAGCAAAAGGCACCCGAAGAAGAGAAGCCUGAAGAGGUGCAGCUUAAGCCAGUCAAGAAGGAAAAGCAAGUGGAAGAGGCAAAGCCUGAGGAGCCUAAGUGGCCUACUGGCAGAAGGCGACCGAAGGAAGAGGAACCGAAAGAAGAGGUUGUACUCAAGCCAAUUCCCAAGCAAAAGGCACCCGAAGAAGAGAAGCCUGAAGAGGUACAGCUUAAGCCAGUCAAGAAGGAAAAGCAAGUGGAAGAGGCAAAGCCUGAGGAACCCAAGUGGCCUACUGGCAGAAGGCGACUGAAGGAAGAGGAACCGAAAGAAGAGGUGGUACUCAAGCCAAUUCCCAAGCAAAAGGCACCCGAAGAAGAGAAGCCUGAAGAGGUGCAGCUUAAGCCAGUCAAGAAGGAAAAGCAAGUGGAAGAGGCAAAGCCUGAGGAGCCCAAGUGGCCUACUGGCAGAAGGCGACCGAAGGAAGAGGAACCGAAAGAAGAGGUAGUACUCAAGCCAAUUCCCAAGCAAAAGGCACCCGAAGAAGAGAAGCCUGAAGAGGUGCAGCUUAAGCCAGUCAAGAAGGAAAAGCAAGUGGAAGAGGCAAAGCCUGAGGAACCCAAGUGGCCUACUGGUAGAAGGCGACCGAAGGAAGAGGAACCGAAAGAAGAAGUGGUACUCAAGCCAAUUCCCAAGCAAAAGGCACCCGAAGAAGAGAAGCCUGAAGAGGUGCAGCUUAAGCCUGUCAAGAAGGAAAAGCAAGUGGAAGAGGCAAAGCCUGAGGAGCCCAAGUGGCCUACUGGCAGAAGGCGACCGAAGGAAGAGGAACCGAAAGAAGAGGUAGUACUCAAGCCAAUUCCCAAGCAAAAGGCACCCGAAGAAGAGAAGCCUGAAGAGGUGCAGCUUAAGCCAGUCAAGAAGGAAAAGCAAGUGGAAGAGGCAAAGCCUGAGGAACCCAAGUGGCCUACUGGUAGAAGGCGACCGAAGGAAGAGGAACCGAAAGAAGAAGUGGUACUCAAGCCAAUUCCCAAGCAAAAGGCACCCGAAGAAGAGAAGCCUGAAGAGGUGCAGCUUAAGCCAGUCAAGAAGGAAAAGCAAGUGGAAGAGGCAAAGCCUGAGGAGCCCAAGUGGCCUACUGGCAGAAGGCGACCGAAAGAAGAAGAACCGAAAGAAGAGGUUGUACUCAAGCCAAUUCCCAAGCAAAAGGCACCCGAAGAAGAGAAGCCUGAAGAGGUGCAGCUUAAGCCAGUCAAGAAGGAAAAGCAAGUGGAAGAGGCAAAGCCUGAGGAGCCCAAGUGGCCCACGGGCAGAAGGCGUCCGAAGGAAGAAGAACCGAAAGAAGAGGUGGUACUCAAGCCAAUUCCCAAGCAAAAGGCACCCGAAGAAGAGAAGCCUGAAGAGGUGCAGCUUAAGCCAGUCAAGAUGGAAAAACAGGUGGAAGAGGUGAAACCUGAGGAGCCCAAGUGGCCUACUGGCAGAAGGCGACCGAAGGAAGAGGAACCGAAAGAAGAGGUGGUACUCAAGCCAAUUCCCAAGCAAAAGGCACCCGAAGAAGAGAAGCCUGAAGAGGUGCAGCUUAAGCCAGUCAAGAAGGAAAAGCAAGUGGAAGAGGCAAAGCCUGAGGAGCCCAAGUGGCCUACUGGCAGAAGGCGACCGAAGGAAGAGGAACCGAAAGAAGAGGUGGUACUCAAGCCAAUUCCCAAGCAAAAGGCACCCGAAGAAGAGAAGCCUGAAGAGGUGCAGCUUAAGCCAGUCAAGAAGGAAAAACAGGUAGAAGAGGUGAAACCUGAGGAGCCCAAGUGGCCUACUGGCAGAAGGCGACCGAAGGAAGAGGAACCGAAAGAAGAGGUUGUACUCAAGCCUAUUCCCAAGCAAAAGGCACCCGAAGAAGAGAAGCCUGAAGAGGUGCAGCUUAAGCCAGUUAAGAAGGAAAAGCAAGUGGAAGAAGUAAAAGCCCCCAAGCCAAUCAUCAAACAGGAAAGUCUUGAGGUAGAGACUAUUGAGACAACUGAAAAAACUGAAGAAAAGAAAAGGAAAAAAAUCAGGAAAGAAAAGUCUGUCGAAGAGAGCAUAGUUCAAGAGACAACUGUAGUUGAAAAGGAUCAACCAGUUCAAGAAAUCGAGGAAGAAGUCACUACUGUAGUUACGCGAAAGCAGAUAAAGAAAAAGAUUCAGAAAGAUAAAAAGAAAGAGGUGGAACCAUUAAUAAUUGAGCCAAUUAAGGCUUUGAACGUAUUGGAAAAUAGCACAUUAGAAUUAUCUGUUGUGUUUGAGCCUGUGGAUGAUAACAUAGUGACCUGGUACCGCAACAAUCAACCCCUUGAACAAAUUGACGACUGUAUCAUACACACUGAAAAUGGGAUAUCAACCAUAAAAGUACAAAAUGUAGACAAAAAGAAAGUAGGAAAGUAUGAAGUUGUAAUAGAAAAAAAUAAUGUGGUGGCUAAAUCGGCGAGUUCCAUUAAACUACUAAAAUCAUUAAAUGAAGAUCAGAUUUCACCACCCGUAUUCACUAAACCUAUUCGACCAAAAACGGUCACUUUAGGGGAUAUAGUAUUACUUGAGGCUGAAGUUUCAUCAAGUCCGACUGCUUCUUUCCAAUGGUUCAUAGACACGAGAGAAGUAACCACAUAUGCUAAACAAAGCAAAUUAACUAACAUAUAUGUAACCGACAGGGAAAAUGUUUCAUGUCUGUGCAUUGAAAAUAUAAGCAAAGAUUUCUUAGGAAUCAUAACAUGUAGAGCAGAAAACUUUGCGGGAUCAGUUUCAUGUUCUGCUUCACUGCUAGAACAAACAGAAAAGGAAUUUACAGGGGAAGCGCCAACAAUCAUUACUCCCUUAGAAUCAGUGAUUAUAAUGGAUGGGGAACCAAUAAAACUUUCUUGUAAAAUCAAGGGGCAACCCUGGCCUAAAGUUGAUUGGUAUCAUGACGGUACACUUGUCCAAAGAGCUAGAGAUAUUACAGUUGCCCGACAAGAAUCGGGCUUAUGUGAAUUGUGCAUAAAAGAAGCCUUUCCUGAAAUGUCAGGAAAAUACAGAUGUGUAGCUACAAAUGAAUUUGGAAGUUGUAACUGCGAAUGUACUGUUGAUGUUGAAGCAUAUGAAUAUGUACCCAGUGCUUCAGAGGAGGAUAUACUGAGCGAUGAGAAAACGAGUGACAUUGAGGAAUUCGCUCCACGUAUUGUUAAAGCCUUACCAACGGUUGUAACUACUACAGAAGGAGAAUUAACCAGAUUCGAGGCAAAGGCUAUAGGCAUUCCCAAACCAGAAAUUAGAUGGCGCAAACAAGGCGUAGAGAUUGUCCAGUCCCAAGAAUAUCAAAUAGAGGAAAUGGAAGACGGUACUUCAAUACUGAUAAUACCCGAGGUGUAUCAAGACGACACUGGGGAAAUCGUAUUUGAAGCAUUCAAUCCAUUAGGAGUAACUUCAACUAUUGCAGCACUUUCUGUUGAAAGUAUAAUUGGAACCAAAGAAUAUCGAAAACCAGAAUGGGUUACUCACAUGGAGGAACUACAGGCCGCCUUGAAAGCAACCCAGUCAGUACCCACGUUUGUGAAAGAUGUUCUAGGAGAACGAGUGGAUGAAGGUGAAACCGUUACUUUCGAAGCCGUGUACAGUGGAAAUCCGACGCCAGAAAUAAUUUGGUACAAAGACGACAAAGUUAUAAGGACGGACGAACGUUUUACAAUUGAAAACAAAGAUAAUCGUACAACAUGCACUGUGAAAAAGUGUGUUAAAGCAUUAGAAGGAACAUACAUGUGCAAAGCAGUCAGUGACAUAGGCAUGGCUAUUACUAAAGCAAAAUUGCAAGUGUAUGAUAGCACAGAUAAGGCUAAAAAAGCCAAACAUCUUAAAAUAAAAGACAGAUUAGAAAAAGUUGCAAAACGCGAAGAACAGAUUGUUCAGGAGGAAACUGCUAAGGUUGUUUCUGAAGAUGUUAAAGACUCUGCAGUUGUAAUAGAAGAAGUGCAAACAACUGAAAAACCGAAACCUGUUAAGAAAAUAGACAAACAAAAAGCAAAGAAAGUUGUCACUGAAGCUGACUAUGUUGAAACUGUAGAUGUUGCCACUUACAAGAAGGCCGAUAAAAAAGAAAAGUUAGAACCCAGCAAAGAAAAAGCAGAGCCGAUUAUUACUCCACAUGAUUAUUUAGUAUCAUCGCAACCAGACAAGGAGGAAAUGGUUCAGCCGUUCGAAGAGACAUUUGAAACUCAAAAAGGCAUAAUAAGAAUGGUUGAAGGUGAUUCCCGGGUAGUAGCAGAAAUAAAUGAGCUGUUAGAAGUCAUAAAUGCCAAAGAGUUCGGCCCUGGUGAAUCUCCACUAAGAGAAUUAGCCAAAAUAGGAUUCAUGAUGAGGAACGGCCUCACAAUAGAACAAAUCGAAAGUCUGUACGAUUCUCAAUAUUUCCCAGCGUUACGAGUUCCGCAAUCCCAGUCGGCUUUAGUUCGUUUGGUAGAGCGACAAGGUCACGGAGCACUUAUUACAGAAGUACUUACGGAAGAAACUACGCAGGACGAAGAUGUAAUAGCUGCUAAAGUUGGAUUCCGUGCUUUCUUGAAAAUGGUGGAACUGAAGCAUUCUUCGGUUGAAGAAGUAAUUGCGCAUUUCUAUCCAGAAGAUUUUAAACCACGGUCCUGGGAACAAAAAGAGGCACAUGAGGUAAUAGUCGAGUCGGCAGCUGAACAAACGGCGGAAGUACAUACUACUACGGUUAUAAAAGAUACUACCAAACUGUCGGAAGUUCAAGAUAUCAAAGAAAAAGAACAAGUCAAACGCAAAAAACACACUAAACAGAAAAUAUCUUUAGAAGAACAGCAAAUAGAAGACCAGUGUACAGAAGAACAAUUAAUUACCAUUAAAACACACCAACCCAAAGAAAAACAAGAACAUUACAUUGAAGACGAAACUGGUAUUCUUGAAAAAGAUGAAAUACCUUAUCUCACAACAAUUGCAACUGACAUUUCUGACAAUAAGGUAGAGAUAGUUCCCGCAAGUCAGGUGACACAUAUACUAUCUGACAAGACAUCAACAGAUGCUACUGCCAAUUUGAAAUUAGAUACUAACUAUUCUUUGAUCGCUGAUGUACAAGAAGUUCAUGAAAAGGAAGCGCAUCUGCAAAUAAAAGAAAAUAAUAAACUUGCAAUAAAACCAUCAAUAAACGAAAUUGAACCUCUAGUUGUAACAGAAGUUGAAGUAAGUGGUUCUAUAGAUGAUUACCAAACAAAUAAAAGCGCUUCUGAAAAUAUUGCAAACAAGGGCAUUGUCCCAGCAGAAUCUUUUGUGACAACUGAAAUUCAUGCAAAUGUCACAACCACAGAUUUAGAAAAAGAUGAAAAACACGCGGAAAAAGCUAAAACUACUAUGAUUUUAAAAGAUGCUCUAAACAUAACAGAAGAAAUUAUUUCUGUUAAGGAAUCUCCUCUACAAGAGUCACCUACCAAAAAAUCCAAUGCAUCUAUUGCAUUCUCACCAUUAGUAGGAUUAAAUGUUCUUGAAAUUAAUGAAGAAAUGAAAGAAACUGACGUAGUUAACGUAAACACAGAAAAAGCAGCUACAUCCAAGCUUAAUUUCAACUUGUUAGAGUCGUUACAAGUUGGUGAAGUUUUUGUUGAAGACAAGUCAGGAAAAUACUAUCCUGAGCUGAUUGUACCCACGGAAAUGGCACGUAAGGACGUUCUCGUUUCGAAUCAAAUAGUAACAGAAGUCCACAAUGUUCAAGAACGAGAAGGAGUCCUAUCAGCGCUUAAAAUGCCUCCAGCACAAGAAGCAAAUGUAGAUAUUGCAGCAAAAGAUAGUUUGGUUAUUUCCAUCGGAGAAUUGCAUGAAAAGGAAGGAGAAUUUCCGGUGAAAGAAAUGCCAGCACAAGUUUCUGUAAAUAAAGACAUAAUGUUGCAUACAGGUCUAGAUAAUAUAAUUACUACAUCUCACAUCAAGGAAUCAGAAUUUGUGGCAGACACAGUAUCCCAUAAAAAGGCCACAGUUGGUAUUAAUGAACUUCAACAUUCUUUUAAUGUAGAAACUAGUGUACACGAUUCUGAGACUUCGAUGGAAGAAACACGAUCAGUAAUUGGUUUUCAUGCUGACAUUGCAAUAUCGGUCUUAGACAAAAAUGAUGUACAUGAAGUGAAUGUACAUGAAAGUGAAAAAGAUCUUGUACUGAAGGAAGACAAAGUUACAGCUAAAGCAGAUUUUGAUUAUAAAGCAUUUGAGCCCCUAAUUACAUCAGAAACAAUGCAAAUGACAACUACCGAUAAUAUUAAAGUUUCUGAUAAGCCAAUGGAAGAUGCUGCAGUAGAAUCCGUAAUAACUAAUCAAGCUAAAACCGUUUCUUAUCCUUUUAUACACGAUAGUGAAUCUACAGAAGAAUAUAGGUCUAGAAAACCCGAAUCAGUAGCUUCUUCACUUAUUCCUAAUAUACCCCUAACUAUAUCAGAAACUGAAUUAUCGGAAUGCGAAAAUAAACUAACACUCAAUAAAUUACCCGAGGUGGUGCAUGCACAAUCAGGAUCUAGCCAUCCUCUAAAGACCCCCCAAUUAGAAGAAAUAAACACAGCCGAUCAAAUUGACUUCAUUACCAAACAACCAAACUUGUCUGAAAUUGCAUCAGAAUCAAGGGACUUACAGAAAGAAAUAACAGUCCUUCAAACAAAUGUUCAGGAACAGCUUUCACAGCUUGAAGAAAAUAAGAUAGCUCAGAGUGCAGCUCAAGCUGUUUUUAUCGGUAAAGAAAGUUUAAAUGUCACGGAAGUAGUUGUUAGUUCCACUGAACAAAAUCUUGUCACUGAUAAACCAAAACCAACAUCAACUGCUAAAGUUGAUAUAGACUCUGAUCGCAAAAUUGCUGUUGUUAUGGAGGUUAACUCACGGGACACACUAGCUAGUCUCGAUACACAGACUUCAAAUUACGAAGAAGCCCAAAUGGUCUCUAGUAAUUUGAUUUCAGUGCAAGUAUCGCAGAAUGAAACCUUAGACAGUCAAUCAAUUCUACAAGAAGAUAUCAAGCCCGAUUUCAAAUUCUUAAACCCGGAGUUAAUUCCAGCUGAAGGCAUUUUGAAUGUAACGGAAACGAUGCAACACGAGAAGGAAAGUGAAUAUAAUACAAUUUCCGAACCACAAUCAUUUACAGCAUCAACUGAUAUUUCUGGACGACCAGUUGCUGUGCUGUCAGAGGUUACAGUAGAUUCAAGCGUAGGUUAUUCGGAUGACAUUGUUAAAGAUGUCCCUAAGCAGGCUAGUGUCCAAAAUAUAGCGCAUAAAGAAUUAAUCGUGAGUACGACCAAUUACAAUGAAAAAGAAAAUGUCCUGGAUACUAUGGUCAAGCCAAAUUCAUUUUUAGCCUCAUUAAAUGUUGACUCCAAUCAAGCUAUUUUGGUUGAAGAAAGUAGAUCCGAACUGGCACCGGAAGUUCUAGAAGACAUAAAUAAAUUAUCGUUUGCCACUGCCAGACAAGGAGCGACAUUAACAGAAGCUAUAUCUCAACAAGAGAUUAUUGUUCACUCCUCAGAAGACAAGUUAAUCAAUAAAGAAGUGGACAGCUCCACAAAACCCAUAAUAUCUCUUACAACAUUACAAGCACCACAAUAUGACGAAAACUUAGCCAUUGAACAAGAAAAUAUACUACCAUUAUCGAAAGUACCUGAAAAUCAACAAGCAGAACUUUCUAUAAUAUGCCAAAGGAGCUUACAAACUUCGGAAGUACUUUCACAUGCGGAUAAUAUAGAAGAAACUUCAAAACCGAAAACAGACUACAAAACAGCAUCGUCUAAAAUUGACGAAGUUUAUGGGAAAACUGCUCAUACUGAAGAAGUUAUUACCAGUGAGAUGGUCAAAGAAUUUAAGGAUGAGAAAAUAACAUUACAAAAUACCAGUGCAACGCCUAUUUUCAAAAAUACAUUUGAGCAAACUGAAAUAAUUUUAGGUGAAAAAGAAUCACUGAUACAUGAGCAACCAUUAACUCAAUCUUCUAUUAGUGGAGCAAUCACCGAAUCUGAAGCCAUAAUUACUAGCUACACUGAAACUGUCGACAGAGAAAAAGACUUUGAUGUUCAACAGCUGCAACCAAAGCAAGACGCAUCGGUUGGGUUCGUUCCGUAUAGUAGUUCAAUUGAUACAGAAGUUGUACCAUCUAGUAUGGUCGAAAAGUUUGAAGAUAUCUCUGUAAAAACUUCAAAAGCCUCAAUGACUCGUGAUAAAUUACAAAAACACAUACAGAGCACAGAAAUAUUGAUAGGUGAGAAGGAGACUGAAUUCAUAGACACUAAAACAGAUUCAUUUAAAGCAACAACAAAUAUAAUCGAAACGACAGCCAAAGAAAUCACUGAAAUACAAGCAGUGGAAAAGGAAAAUGUAUUGAACCGAAUGCAAGAACCAUUCUCAACAACCGCUCUUUCGUCAAUUAGUGAAAAACAAUCUAUACUAAGCACAGAAGUACAUGUUAGUCAAGACGUUGAGGAUCUAAGUACGCCUAAAACAAUACAUACAAGUGCAACCACUACUCACGGAGUACAGGAGGCCGUCGAAAAACUGGAACCAUUUAUAUGUGAAGUAGAAGAUACGUAUGAAAAAGACCUUCUUACAGUUCGAAAAUCGACGGGUACAAUAGAGGAGCAAAGAUCUUUGGACAUUACAGAAACAAUUGUUACAGAAAAAGAAAACACAUUAGAGUCAUUGGAACCAGUCAAAGGUGAAACAGUAAACUUAAGUUAUCAACCGAAGCAACAUGUUAACAUAACUCAAAUAACAUCUUCUGAAAAAGAAGAAGACUUGCUUACAAAAGGAUUAAUACCGGAAGGAAGACAGAUAAAACCUACUGUUGAUGUACCAUUGCAUUCAAGUUUAGGAAUAAAUGAAUGUAUUGUGAAUGAAAAAGAGGUAAUGUUGCAGUCACAAAGUGAAAUGAAAUCACAACAAAUAGGAUUUACUAUAGAGUCGACAGAUAGCUUGAGCAUAUCCGAAAAUGUUUUAGCAGAAAAAGAAGAGGCUUUAGCAGAAACUCGUAUUCCAAAAGGUAUCACAAACGAAAUUAGUUUAACAACACAUAAACACUUUAAUACAGAAUUGUUACAACCUUCCGAAAUUGAGGAGGAAAUGGAUUUGGUGGAUAACAGACGACCAGAAACUGGUGACCUAACUAUAGAAGCAGUAAAACCUCUUGUUAUUCAAGAGAUAAACUACGAAGAACAACCUACAGAAAUAAAAACUUUGGAAAAGCUCAAGGAACUCGUUCCUGACGUUAAUUUGGAAGUUGGUCAACAUAUUACUGUAACGGAAGUAGAAAUAACAGAAAAAGAACAUGACAUUGAUACUAAGGAAACUCUUUCCCUAAAACAGGUUGAAGAAAAUUACACUACUAAUUUACCUCUUCAAAUAGAACAAAUUACUUUAAAAGAAUCGGAAGCAAUUUUAAAAACAGACAAAGCGGUACAGCCUGAAGUACCGGGCAUUAUUAUUGAACCUAAACAACACAUUACUAUAACGGACACGAUAGGAGAAGAGAAGGAGCAAGAAUUGCUGAAGGAUGUAGCUCCAUUAAGCGUGAAACAAAAAGUAGGUAUAAAAGCUAAUGAGCACAUUACAACAAUACAAACUGUACCAAUAGAGAAAUUUGAAAUUUUGGAAGACACACCUUCUAAAGAUGAGAAUGCUUUGACAAAACAAGUUGCUUACAACGAACUUAUAAAUAUUCAACCUCAUUUAGUAGAAAGUGUCAAAACCACAGAUGUGAACUAUGAACCUACUGAAGGUACAAUCCGAUAUGAGCUCGAGUUACACAAGAGCUACAUUACAUCUGAAAAUGUAGUGCAAGAAAUAUCAAAUGAAAUGCUAAGUCGUGACGAUAGCUAUAAAACUGCUGAAAAAGCGAUCACUGAAAUGAAAUCUAUUCAGCAAACUGAAAUAAUUGCAGGGGAAAAACCUAUAACUUUUGAUAACGUAGAUGAGCAAAAGCCGGAAAGAGCGGAUAAAAGUCAUAUAACUCAUCAAGAAGUAUCAAAUAUCAAACCCCAUGUAGUAGAAAACCUUGAAGACAUGCCAAGUUUCUUACAACCAGACAUGAAUACUGCAUCUUUGGACGUGGAAGCUCAUAAAUCCUAUGUUGUUUCGGAAAAUGUAGCUCAGGAGUAUUCAAAAGAUAUGAAAAUAAGUAAAGAACCAGCUAAAGAAGUAACAGAACAAUUAUUAGAAAUGAAGCCCAUUGAACAAAUGGAGGUAGUUGCUGGAGAAAAUAUUACUUUGAUGAGAACUUCAGAACGUGAAGAGAUUAACGUACACGGGAAACAUAUUGAAAUGCAACCUAUAAGUCAAAGUUCUGUAGUAGUACAUGAGAGUGAAAUUAAUACAAACUUUGAACAACUUGCGCCUAAGGAAAAAGCAUCGAUAGCUUUGAAUACCACAGAAAGUAUAACCGUUGAUGAAAUUACACAAGAAGAUUCACAAGACACUUUCAAAACAGACAAAAUAAAAACUGCUAAAGCUGAAAAAUCUAUUACUUUGUUAACACACGUUCAAUGCACUGAAAACGUUGCAGAAACUCAAGUCAAAGAAUUAAUUACACCAACAACACAGACUGAAACUACAAAAUUAACAUCAACUAGUGUAACACCAUUAAUAAUUACAGACAGUGAAAGUCUUCAACAUGAAACCGAAUUGCAUAUACCAGAAAUAAUAUCUCAAAAAAUAAGUAAAAGUUUUACAGUCGCCAAUGAAGUAGAAGUUUCUACAGAAUUCGUAGCUGAACAAGCAGUACCGUACUCUGAAAAGAAGCCGAAAUUGUUAGAGGGCAAAAUCACCACAACUGACGAGGAUCGUCAUGAUAUAUUGAUAACUAAACAAGAGGCUGAAACUCACGAAGUAACUCAGACGUCAUCAAAGUCAUCUGAUGUAGAAGAAAGUGAAGAGAUAGUUACGAAAUUCGUUCAAGCUCCGGGUAAUUCAGAACCCAUACAAAUUAAAACAAAGCGAACCAUAAUACGAAAAAAGAAGAGAUCAAGACAAGACGAAUCUGAUCAAGGAGAUAUAGUGAUUGAAGAAACUAUAGAAGACGAGGAUACAAAGAAGCCAAAGAUAGAGGCUGUUCACGAUUUAAAUAUUGAAGAAUAUGAAGGGGAUGAAGUAUCUGAAACUGAUACUAACGAGAAAAGUACUAUUGAAAUGCCUGAUGAAUUUUUACACAUACCAAAAAUGCAGGCCCAGGUGCAGAUUGAAGAGAUAAGUGAUGAAGAAAAAUCUCCUGUAAUAUUAGAACUGGUCGAAGAGUCUGACAAGGAACCAACUGAUUUGACAAAAAAACAACGUAAAAAGAAAAAAAUUAAAACGACAACCGUGCGUAAAACGUCAAUAUGUUCUGAUGAGAAAAAAUCUGUUACAGUGAGUACCGAUGACAUAAUCAACGAUUUCGUAGAGCCUCUCCAUGUGACGACUACACAAGAAACCGCCAUAGAAGUCGAAGAGCUACCUGAAAUGGUAACAAUCACACAAGUAAAACCAGAGACUGAUGAUAUUAAAACAAUUGAGGUAAAGAAACAAAUAAAAAAGAAGAAACAUGGGUCCAAACAGGAAGUCACAGUAAACAAAACAAUCGACAAACAAGAUGAAAAGAUUGAGCCUGUUGAGGUGGUCGAACUACCUGAAGAGACUACUGUUGAAGAAUUUACAACAACGGACGGUAAGCAUAAACAAAAGAAAAUACAUAAAAGAAUUAUCAAAAAGAAGGUAGGUCCGAAGGUUGAAACAACAGAAAUUACUACCGAACAGACAGACGACACACAACCUAUUGUCACAGUACACAAAACAGAGGAAAUCGUUGAUGACACUACCACACCACUCGCUGACUUACACAAACCUGACAAGGCUAAGGUGGUAGAAGAGACACCCGAAACUGUUCUGGUAACUCAGGUGCGAACGGAAUCAGGCGAUGUCAAAUCCAUCAAAACGACAAGACGAGUCAUCAAGAAGAAACAUGGACCCAAGCAAGAGGUCACGGAGAUCACUACCAUUGAAAAGGAUAAUGAGGCUCCGAUUACCACCGUGACUGUCACAGAGGAAAAGUCUCCAGAAGAGGAACACAUUGAGCCGGUUGAGGUUGUCGAACUACCAGAGGAGACUACCGUCGAAGAAACAACUGCUCCUGAUGGUAAGCCCAAACAAAAGAAAAUCCACAGACGAAUAAUAAAAAAGAAGGUUGGUCCGAAAAUCGAAACAACAGAAAUCACUACGGAACAAACAGACGACACGCAACCCAUUGUCACAGUACACAAAACAGAGGAAAUCGUUGACGACACUACCACACCACUCGCUGACUUACACAAACCCAACAAGGCUAAGGUGGUAGAAGAGACACCUGAAACUGUUCAGGUAACUCAGGUGCGAACUGAAUCAGGCGAUGUCAAGUCCGUUAAAACUACAAGACGAGUCAUCAAGAAGAAACAUGGACCCAAACAAGAGGUCACGGAGAUCACUACCAUCGAAAAAGAUGACGAAGCUCCGAUUACCACCGUCAUUGUAACAGAAGAAGUGACACCAGAAGAAGAGGAACGCAUUGAGCCGGUUGAGGUUGUCGAACUACCCGAGGAGACCACAGUCGAAGUAACGACUGCGCCUGAUGGUAAGCCCAAACAAAAGAAAAUCCACAGAAGAAUUAUCAAAAAGAAAGUAGGUCCUAAAGUCGAAACAACAGAAAUCACUACCGAACAAACGGACGACACAAAACCCAUUGUCACAGUACACAAAACAGAGGAAAUCGUUGACGACACUACCAUACCACUCGCUGACUUACACAAACCUGACAAGGCUAAGGUGGUAGAAGAGACACCUGAAACUGUUCAGGUAACUCAGGUGCGAACCGAAUCAGGCGAUGUCAAGUCCGUUAAAACUACAAGACGAGUCAUCAAGAAGAAACAUGGACCCAAGAAAGAGGUCACGGAGAUCACUACCAUCGAAAAAGAUGACGAAGCUCCGAUUACCACGGUGACUGUCACAGAAGAAGUGACACCAGAAGAAGUGGAACGCAUUGAGCCGGUUGAGGUUGUCGAACUACCCGAAGAGACUACGGUCGAAGAAACGACUGCGCCUGACGGUAAGCCCAAACAAAAGAAAAUCACUACACGAAUCAUCAAAAAGAAGGUAGGUCCGAAGGUCCAAACCACACAGAUUACCACUGAACAAACUGACGACAAACAACCCAUUGUCACAGUACACAAAACAGAGGAAAUCGUUGACGACACUACCACACCACUGGCUGACUUACACAAACCAGACAAGGCUAAGGUAGUAGAAGAGACACCCGAAACUGUUCAGGUAACUCAGGUGCGAACGGAAUCAGGCGAUGUCAAAUCCAUCAAAACGACAAGGCGAGUCAUCAAGAAGAAACAUGGACCCAAGCAAGAGGUCACGGAGAUCACUACCAUCGAAAAAGAUGACGAAGCUCCAAUCACCACCGUGAAUGUCACAGAGGAAAAGACUACAGAAGAGGAACACAUUGAGCCGGUUGAGGUUGUCGAACUACCAGAGGAGACUACCGUCGAAGAAACGACUGCGCCUGACGGUAAGCCCAAACAAAAGAAAAUCCACAGACGAAUAAUAAAAAAGAAGGUUGGUCCGAAAAUCGAAACAACAGAAAUCACUACGGAACAAACAGACGACACGAAACCCAUUGUCACAGUACACAAAACAGAGGAAAUCGUUGACGACACUACCACACCACUCGCUGACUUACACAAACCCGACAAGGCUAUGGUAGUAGAAGAGACACCUGAAACUGUUCAGGUAACUCAGGUGCGAACCGAAUCAGGCGAUGUCAAGUCCAUCAAAACGACAAGACGAGUCAUCAAAAAGAAACAUGGACCCAAGCAAGUGGUCACGGAGAUCACUACCAUAGAAAAAGAUAACGAAGCUCCAAUCACCACCGUGACUGUCACAGAGGAACAGACUCCAGAAGAGGAACGCAUUGAGCCGGUUGAGAUCGUCGAACUACCCGAGGAGAUCACAGUCGAAGAAACGACUGCACCUGAUGGUAAGCCCAAACAAAAGAAAAUCCACAGAAGAGUUAUCAAAAAGAAAGUAGGUCCGAAGGUCGAAACAACAGAAAUCACUACCGAACAAACAGACGACACACAACCCAUUGUCACAGUACACAAAACAGAGGAAAUCGUUGACGACACUACCACACCACUGGCUGACUUACACAAACCCGACAAGGCUAAGGUAGUAGAAGAGACACCUGAAACUGUUCAGGUAACUCAGGUGCGAACCGAAUCAGGCGAUGUCAAGUCCAUCAAAACGACAAGACGAGUCAUCAAGAAGAAACAUGGACCCAAGCAAGAGGUCACGGAGAUCACUACCAUCGAAAAAGAUGACGAAGCUCCAAUCACCACCGUGACUGUCACAGAGGAACAGACUCCAGAAGAGGAACGCAUUGAGCCGGUUGAGAUCGUCGAACUACCCGAGGAGAUCACAGUCGAAGAAACGACUGCACCUGAUGGUAAGCCCAAACAAAAGAAAAUCCACAGAAGAGUUAUCAAAAAGAAAGUAGGUCCUAAGGUCGAAACAACAGAAAUCACUACCGAACAAACAGACGACACACAACCCAUUGUCACAGUACACAAAACAGAGGAAAUUGUUGACGACACUACCACACCACUCGCUGACUUACACAAACCUGAAAAGGCUAAGGUAGUAGAAGAGACACCUGAAACUGUUCAGGUAACUCAGGUGCGAACGGAAUCAGGCGAUGUCAAGUCCAUCAAAACGACAAGGCGAGUCAUCAAGAAGAAACAUGGAACCAAGCAAGAGGUCACGGAGAUCACUACCAUCGAAAAAGAUGACGAAGCUCCAAUCACCACUGUGACUGUCACAGAGGAAAAGACUCCAGAAGAGGAACGCAUUGAGCCGGUUGAGGUCGUCGAACUACCCGAAGAGACUACGGUCGAAGAAACGACUGCGCCUGACGGUAAGCCCAAACAAAAGAAAAUCCACAGAAGAGUUAUCAAAAAGAAAGUAGGUCCUAAGGUCGAAACAACAGAAAUCACUACCGAACAAACAGACGACACACAACCCAUUGUCACAGUACACAAAACAGAGGAAAUCGUUGACGACACUACCACACCACUGGCUGACUUACACAAACCAGACAAGGCUAAGGUAGUAGAAGAGACACCUGAAACUGUUCAGGUAACUCAGGUGCGAACGGAAUCAGGCGAUUUCAAGUCCAUCAAAACGACAAGACGAGUCAUCAAGAAGAAACAUGGACCCAAGCAAGAGGUCACGGAGAUCACUACCAUCGAAAAAGAUGACGAAGCCCCAAUCACCACUGUGACUGUCACAGAGGAAAAGACUCCAGAAGAGGAACGCAUUGAGCCAGUUGAGGUCGUCGAACUACCCGAAGAGACUACGGUCGAAGAAACGACUGCGCCUGACGGUAAGCCCAAACAAAAGAAAAUCCACAGAAGAGUUAUCAAAAAGAAAGUAGGUCCUAAGGUCGAAACAACAGAAAUCACUACCGAACAAACAGACGACACACAACCCAUUGUCACAGUACACAAAACAGAGGAAAUCGUAGACGACACUACCACACCACUCGCUGACUUACACAAACCUGACAAGGCUAAGGUGGUAGAAGAGACACCCGAAACUGUUCAGGUAACUCAGGUGCGAACCGAAUCAGGCGAUGUCAAAUCCAUCAAAACGACAAGGCGAGUCAUCAAGAAGAAACAUGGACCCAAGCAAGAGGUCACGGAGAUCACUACCAUCGAAAAAGAUGACGAAGCUCCAAUCACCACCGUGACUGUCACAGAGGAACAGACUCCAGAAGAGGAACGCAUUGAGCCGGUUGAGAUCGUCGAACUACCCGAGGAGAUCACAGUCGAAGAAACGACUGCACCUGAUGGUAAGCCCAAACAAAAGAAAAUCCACAGAAGAGUUAUCAAAAAGAAAGUAGGUCCUAAGGUCGAAACAACAGAAAUCACUACCGAACAAACAGACGACACACAACCCAUUGUCACAGUACACAAAACAGAGGAAAUCGUUGACGACACUACCACACCACUCGCUGACUUACACAAACCUGACAAGGCUAAGGUAGUAGAAGAGACACCUGAAACUGUUCAGGUAACUCAGGUGCGAACGGAAUCAGGCGAUGUUAAGUCCAUCAAAACGACAAGGCGAGUCAUCAAGAAGAAACAUGGACCCAAGCAAGAGGUCACGGAGAUCACUACCAUCGAAAAAGAUGACGAAGCUCCAAUCACCACUGUGACUGUCACAGAGGAAAAGACUCCAGAAGAGGAACGCAUUGAGCCGGUUGAGGUCGUCGAACUACCCGAAGAGACUACGGUCGAAGAAACGACUGCGCCUGACGGUAAGCCCAAACAAAAGAAAAUCACUACACGAAUCAUCAAAAAGAAGGUAGGUCCUAAGGUCGAAACAACAGAAAUCACUACCGAACAAACAGACAACAAGCAACCCAUUGUCACAGUACACAAAACAGAGGAAAUCGUUGACGACACUACCACACUACUCGCUGACUUACACAAACCUGACAAGGCUAAGGUGGUAGAAGAGACACCCGAAACUGUUCAGGUAACUCAGGUGCAAACGGAAUCAGGCGAUGUCAAAUCCAUCAAAACGACAAGGCGAGUCAUCAAGAAGAAACAUGGACCCAAGCAAGAGGUCACAGAGAUCACUACCAUAGAAAAAGAUGACGAAGCUCCAAUCACCACCGUGACUGUCACAGAGGAAAAGACUCCAGAAGAGGAACGCAUUGAGCCGGUUGAGGUCGUCGAACUACCCGAAGAGACUACGGUCGAAGAAACGACUGCGCCUGACGGUAAGCCCAAACAAAAGAAAAUCCACAGAAGAGUUAUCAAAAAGAAAGUAGGUCCUAUGGUCGAAACAACAGAAAUCACUACCGAACAAACAGACGACACACAACCCAUCGUCACAGUAUACAAAACAGAGGAAAUCGUUGACGACACUACCACACCACUCGCUGACUUACACAAACCUGACAAGGCUAAGGUGGUAGAAGAGACACCCGAAACUGUUCAGGUAACUCAGGUGCGAACGGAAUCAGGCGAUGUCAAAUCCAUCAAAACGACAAGGCGAGUCAUCAAGAAGAAACAUGGACCCAAGCAAGAGGUCACGGAGAUCACUACCAUCGAAAGAGAUGACGAAGCUCCAAUCACCACCGUGACUGUCACAGAGGAACAGACUCCAGAAGAGGAACGCAUUGAGCCGGUUGAGGUCGUCGAACUACCCGAAAAGACUACGGUCGAAGAAACGACUGCGCCUGACGAUAAAGUAGAGAAAGCGGAUAAGAAGAAACCACAGAAAAUAAAAACACCGAGCAAGAAAGAAACAGACGCUAAACCAGAUGUCCAGAAACCCGCUGAUCUAAAACUUCCAAAGAAAUUGAAACCAAUACCAAUUCAAAUUGAAGAGCUUAAAGUUACUGAGGCUCAACAUGCUCAAGAAAUUCAAGGUCCUCAAUUUACUCAAUUAAAACUUAAGAAGCCUGUCCAAAAGCCUAAACAGGAAUUACAAACUGUUUCCUUACCAAAAGUGCAACUCAAGAGCCGCAUAAGGUAUAACAGAGAAUGGCCACCAGCUGAAUUGAAACCAUCUAUUACAUAUUUGGGUAGUGUAAGACAAAAUGGUCAACUUUCGCGAAACAUCAAGGAAGCAGCUAAACUUAAAAAGAAGCCAAUCAAAAUCAAAGAAAUUCCCGAUUUGGAUAAAGUUGAACUUGAAAAACCAGAAGAGUUUGAAUUUACUGUUGAAAAACCUCAACAAGUAGAAGAAGAGAAAUACCCUAAACCUGGCGAAAUUAAACCAGAAAAGGAAGAUUUGCCAGAAAAAAUUAAAGAAAGGGUUGUUAAACAACCAGAACCUUUUGAAGAUAAUACAGUAGAACAACCAAAAAUGUAUGAAACAAAAGAACCAGAUAAUGUACUUCAAGAGAAUAUUGAGGAUCAUAAACGGGAUGAAGACAAGCCAGAUGUAGUGGAAAUACCAGAGAAAGAGAUAAUUGAUAGAGUGGAUGAAAUCCAAACUAUUGAAGAAGUACAGCUAAUUGAAGAAACGAAACCAAAGCGAAGUGUAGAAAAAAUCAAAAAGAAAAAGAAAGAAACCGUGAUUAAAACCGAAGAACUUAAAGAUGUGGAUCAGAUAACAGGAAAAGAAGAGAUAAUUGAUGAACAGCCGGGUGAUGUGAUUGAAGAAAAACCUAAAAACAAAGAGAAAGAACAUAAAAUUGAAGAUAUUAAACCAGAAGAUCAUACAACUGAACAAAAAUUAAAAUCCGAACCUGUAAUUAGCACCGAUGAACCUCUAAAUGAAGAUGAAAUAACUGAAGUAGGAAAGCCGAUUGAUGAACCAAAAAGUGAGCCACGUAAGGAAAAACCUAAAAAGAAGACGAAAGAACCUAAAAUUAAAACUGAAGAAUCUAAAACUGAAGAACAAUUAAUUGAAAAUAUACCAGAAUCCACAGUGUUAGAAAUUUCUGAGGAAAAGGAUUUAAAACAAACAGAGGUAAAUGAUAAAACUGUCGUAGAAAAGAAACCUAAAGCAAAAAAGAAAGAUAAGCCAAGUAAGCCAUUCUUAGAAGAAGUUAUAAAGGCAGAAGAGCAACCAACUAAACCAGAAGAUAAACCAGAAAUUUUGGAAAAUUCAGAAAUUGAUCAAGAAACACCAGAAGCCCCUACUAUACCAGAACCGGAGAUUCCUUCAAUUGAGAAGAGAAAAACGAAGACAAGAAAAGCAAAACAAACAGAAAGUCAACCAGAACCAGAAAAAAUAACAGUCAAAGAUGAUCUGCAAACUGACGAAAAACCUAUCAAAAAACCAUCAAAAACCAAACUUACGCCGAUUAAGAUUGAGAGAAAAGAAGUCGAAAUAAGUAAACCUCAACAUGCAGAAAGCAUUGAGGGACCUCAAUUCACAAAACUUAAGUUGAAAAAAGCAGCAGCUAAACCUAAACAAGAUGCUCCAUUAGUAACUCUCCCAAAAUUCCAGCUGAAAAGUCGAAUAAAAUAUGUAAGCGACUGGCCUCCAGAAGAAAUAAAGCCCGUUAUAUCUUAUUUAGGUAGCGUUCGGCAAAAUGGCAUUUUAUCCAGAAAUGUGAAAGAAGCAGAAAAAAUUAAGAAAAAAGUGUACAAGCAGCCAAAGUUACCUGAAAUAGAAAAAACAGAGUUGGAGAAACCUAUGUUUGGCUAUGAAGAUAUAGUAGAAGCGAAAAAUCAAAGCGAACUUUCAGAAAAAGAUGAACCAUUAGAAGAUGUAUCUGGCGUAAAAGAUGAAACAAAAGAAGAUGAACCUGAACAGUUCACUAUCAAACCAAAACGCCCAAGCAUCAAGAAGACGGAGGAAAUUGAAGACGAAGUCACGAUAAAAAAGAAACUAAAAGCUGUAAGAAAACCUUCAGUCACUUUGCCUGAAAUAACUGAACCUGAAAAUGUGACCUUCCGUCCCAAAUCGACUAAAACAAAAGAAGACGUUGAGCAAGAGUUUAAUAUACAAUUAGAUUCAUAUGCUGAAGAAGAAAUAUCGAUGUCAAGUAAAGUAAAAUUGAAACCACAAAGGCGACCCACCUUCAGCGAAGAAGCCAACGAAACCUCUAUUAAGUUUUACGAGGACGUUGAAGAUAAACCAGAUAUCAUAGAAAUCAUAGAAAGUGACGAGGAAAAAUCUGACAAUGCUGCUAAUGUAGUAAUGCCUCUGAAAAAGAAUAAAGAUUUUAAACAGGAGACACACGAAGAAUCAUCCUCAAUAACAGUAUCAAAGCCUAAGAAAAAGGAAAAUGAGUCGAUAAUUUCUCAGGACGUCAGCAUCAAAUUAGAUAGAAAGCCAAAGUACACUGUUGAUGAACAAGAAGAAGUUUGUUUCGAUAUAAAGCCGCAGGUUGAUCAGUAUACACAAGAAGAACUGUCACUUUCAAGCAAAAUUAAGUUAAAACCUAAAAAGAAAAUUACAAUAUCAGAAGCUGCUGAUGAAACUUCAAUUCAACUGAAACAAGAAGUCGAAGAUGAUAGUCAAGUAGAAGAAGUUAUAAUUAGCGAAGCAGAAGCUGACGAUAAUGUUGAAAUGGUUAUCAAACGAAAGCCUAAAAAACCAAAAUAUGAAGUCAGCGAGGUAGAAGAAUUGAGUGUUGAAUUUAAGCCCAAAAGAAUUAAUGAAGAUACAUAUGAAGAGGAACAACUUACUAUUUUAGCUAAGAGGAAACCUAGAAAGCCCUCAACUUUGCAAGAAGCUGAUGUAUCGAUGAGCAUUGCUAGAGAACAAGAAUUUCCAGAAACUCCCGUGGACGUGCGGAGCGGUGAUACAGUCUUUGCAGUAUAUUCUUACGUGGCAGAGACAGACGAGGCUAUUAAUUUAGUGGAAGGCGAAAGACUUUACAUAUUAGAAACUACGAAUCAAGAUUGGUGGUUUGUACGUAAACAUCUGACGGAAGAAAAGGGAUGGGUUCCUGCACAAUACUUAAUGGAUGAAGCCAAUUAUACACUGUACUUGCAAAAGAAACUUAAUGAAAAGAUUGAUAAACUUCCCGUGUUCGAAAAACCAACACCAGAAGAGCAAGCAAUUGCGCCAAUAUUUACGGAAAAAUUACGACCUAAACAUACACCAGACGGAUCUACAGUACAAUUUGAAUGUCAAGUGGAAGGUUAUCCCAGACCCCAAAUAACGUGGUUCAGGCAGACGGCUAUCAUUAAACCUUCACAGGACUUCCAAAUGUACUACGACGAUGACAACGUUGCCACAUUGGUGAUCAGGGAGGUAUUUCCAGAAGAUGCAGGAACAUUCACUUGUGUUGCGAAAAAUGCAGCUGGGUUUGCAUCAAGUACCACAGAGCUAAUAGUUGAGGCUCCACUAUCUGACCACGGAUCAGAAAUGACCAUUCUUUCAAGGAAGAGUCUUUCUCGAGAAUCGUCUCUAGCUGACAUUUUAGAAGGCAUUCCACCAACAUUUUCAAAGAGACCGAAAGCUCAGUAUGUUGAUGAAGGAUCUCAAAUAUUUUUGGAGUGUAGAUUGGUAGCAAUUCCAGAACCAGAUAUAGCUUGGUUCUUUAAAGGUGAAGAAAUCAUUCCAAGUGAAAACGUCUCAAUUGCUACUGAAUCGGAUAUGCACAUGUAUUGUAGUGUACUAAAAAUAUCCGACGUAAAGAAAUUCCAAGAAGGUACCUACACAGUGCUGGCUGUAAACAGAGAAGGUGAAGCUAGUUUACCCAUCGUUUUGAAGAUAAAAACUGGCCAGAAAGAAAAACCGCAAGUUAUUGAACCACUCAAGAGUAUGACGAUAAGAGAGGGAGAAAGUGUCGUACUUUCGACACAAGUUGUUGGUAACCCGCAACCAACGGUUAGCUGGUAUAAAAAUAAUAAACCUGUUAAAUCACUAACUACAAAAUCAGAUGAUGACACUCAUACUGUAACAAUAAUAAAACCAAAGAAGGGCAAGGAUGAUGGAGUGUACACACUAAAGGCUGUCAACUCAGAAGGAACUGCGGAAACCAGUGCUGUCAUAAACAUAGAAGAACCUACUGAAGAAAAUGCUGAGCCACCUCUGUUUAUUAACAGAUUCCAAGAAAUAACGGUAAAAGAAAAUGGAACUAUAAAACUAGAAGCAAAAGUAACAGGCAAUCCUGUACCGUCAAUUACUUGGUAUAGAAAUAAUCAAAUAAUCACGCCAUCUGAAACCGUUACACAAAACUUUGACGGGGAAAAUAUUGAACUUAUAAUAGCAAACGUAGACUCGGAAGUAGAUUCCGGUGAUUAUAAAUGUGUUGCAUCCAACAGCGCCGGAAAAGCUUCUCAUGGCGCAAGAGUAACAAUUGACGUCGAUAAAGUAACGUUUGUCAAGAAUUUGAAAAAUAUUUAUGAAAUUGAAGAAGGCAAGACUGUAAUCCUGGAAUGUCAUACAUCUCAUACUGUCUCCACUAAAUGGUAUCAUAAUGAUAAGGAAGUGAGUGGAAUGGAUCAUAGGGAAAUCAUUCAGGAAGGUCGCGUACAUAAACUAAGAAUAAAGAAAACUAAACUAACAGACAUUGGUGUCAUAAAAUGUGUAGUGAAGGGUCAAGAAACAAGUACAAAAUUGGUUGUUCACGAAACCAUUCCCGAAUUUAUAAGACGUCUCCAAGAUUUUGAAGUAAAAGAAAGGGACAUUGCUAUAUUAGAAGUUGAAAUUAAUUCUGAAACUGCUGAUGUCUUUUGGGAGAAGGAUGGAGAAAGAAUCAAACCAAAGAAAAACAAGUAUGAACUUGAAAAACGUGGAAAUGUACGAAAACUGUUUAUUAGGAAUACUUCAGUUCACGACGAGGGCGAAUACACAUGUAAACUACGUGAUGAUGCCUGCACAGCAGAAGUGACGGUAGUAGAAUUGCCACCUGAAAUUAUAUCACGACUACAAGACCAGAAAGUAAACAAGGGUAACAAAGCAACAUUUGAUAUUGAAUUAACAAAGGGAGACGCCUUAGUGCAAUGGUUCAAAGAUGGUUCAGAAAUUCAAUUUUCUAAUCAUAUUCAACUAACAAUUGACGGCAAGAAACAGAAACUAAAAGUUUACGACUGUGACUUGACUGAUGCAGGCACAUAUGCUUGUGAGGUCGGAAAUGACAGAUGCACAGCCAAAUUGAUAGUUGAAGAACCUUCUAUUGACUUCGAUCUGCGACUACCUGAAGUAAUUGUAGUGCCUGCAAACACCGACGCGUAUUUGACUGUAGAAUUGCCUGAUGAAACCAUGAACGUCACUUGGUACAAAAAGAAGACUGUUGUUGAAGAUACCGAAAAGUUUACAUUGAUAUCGGAUGUUAAAAAACGUACAUUAAUAAUAAGAAAAUGUACGGAAGAAGAUCAGUGUGAAUAUUCGUGUGUCUUAUUUGAUGCCAAAUGUUCAACGAAAUUGAUAGUAGAAGUUGUAGAAUUCCCGCCGAAGAUUCUCGAAUAUGACCGUGAGUACAGAAUAAAGCGAGGUGGUGAUGUUACUCUUCAUGUCCAAUAUGAAGCAGUGCCUCAACCCAACGACGAAUGGGUUGUCAAUUCUAAAAUAAUAAAGAAGACAAAACACACUAAACCUUCUAUAGACUCGCAGUCUGCUAGUCUCACUAUUAAAAAAGUUGAGAAUACUGAUGCUGGAGUUUACAGACUUCGUCUCGAAAACAACUGUGGUGAAGCAAAUAUAGAAAUAAAUGUUGUUGUUAUAGAUAUAUCUUCGCCUCCUGGAAAACCAAACCUUCUGGAAACAACAAACAGCUCAAUAAACUUAUGUUGGGAUGAGCCUGAGAUGAAAGGCAAUGCUGAAAUAGAUUGUUACAUUCUGGAAUACCAAGAAAUUAACACAACUGAAUGGAUAUCGGUGGAGAACAUCAAGAAGACGCAGUUCUCCGUAGAGAAUCUGAAAACAAAAUCAUCAUACAGGUUUAGAGUAUUUGCUGUCAAUGAAGUUGGUGUAAGUGAAUCUUCAGAAAUAACAGAAUACAUUCUUGUGCAAGAAAUUGUUAAAGGCCAAGCUCCAACAGUAGAAAAGCCACUGAAAGAUACUAUAAGUGAACCAAAUGAAGAUAUAGAACUCACGUGUAUUUUCGGUGGUGUGCCAGAACCUAAAAUAACGUGGCAUAAAGAGAAUAAAAAAUUAAAAACUGCUAAAGCUACGUAUAUCAACAGAGUAGCCACUUUAGUUGUCACAGCAACGGAAACUACAGAAGGCAGAUACAGUUGUAUAGCUAGUAACGAACAUGGAGAAGUCGAAACUUCAUGUAACUUAGAAGUACAACAAAAACCUAUUAUCAAAAUAUCUGACGAAGAAAUUAAUCAAAAACACAGAGUUGGAGAACAAUGGUCAGUGGAGGCAUUAGUUAACGGUAUUCCUAAGCCAAUUAUCAAUUGGUGUUUUAAUGGUAACAAGAUUGAAGACCUUGAGGAUAUUGAAAUUGUUACUGAAGAAAAUGUUAGCACAAUAAAGAUAUCUAAACUUGCUCGUUCUCAUUCUGGAAAAUACACAGUUGAAGCACAUAACAAAGCUGGAAGCACAUCCAUUGAUCUAUUGCUUAAAGUUUAUGACAAACCCAGCAAGCCAGAAGGUCCUGUUGUGAUGCGAGAAAUCAGCAGAGAAUCAGUUACAAUUGAAUGGAAACCACCACUUGAUGAUGGUGGCUUAGAAUUGACAAAAUACGCAAUAGAAAAACAUGAACCCGACACCAACAAAUGGGUCAAAGUGGCUGAUGUAGACAAAGAUGUAGAUACAUAUUGCAUACAAAGACUAAACGAGAAUUGUGAAUACAUGUUCCGUGUCAUGGCGCAGAACCCCAUAGGAUUCUCUGAAGCACUGGAGAGUGAACCUAUAAUUAUUAAGACGGCUCUGGAUGUGCCAUCUCCACCGCUUGGUCCACUAGGCUUCUACGGAAUCAACAAUGACUCUGUUACUAUUACUUGGCAUCCAUCCGAGAAGAACGGAGGGUCACCCAUCAUCGACUACAGUGUCGAAAUUAAACAAGAAGGCAAGAAAUGGAAGCAUGUGGCGACAGUUACCAAAACUAUCGCUAAGAUCGAGAAGCUAACAAUAAAUACUACCUACACAUUUAGGAUAUGCGCAAGAAAUGAAAUCGGAACCAGCAUGCCUUACAUCUCAGAUGAAAAAAUAACUAUAGGAAAGACUUUGUCACCACCAUCGCAGCCGCAAAACUUUGCCGUAAGAGAAACUACUUCAAGAUCCGUUACUUUACAAUGGGCUGCGCCUGAGAGUGACGGAGGAAGUAUCGUGACAAAUUACAUUAUUGAAUAUAAGACUGCUAAAGCAAAAUCAUGGACCAAAGUAAUUACUGUAAGUGGUACAGUUUAUGAACAUUGCAUUGAAAAUAUUAAGGAGAAAGAGGAACUGGUCUUCAGGAUAUCUGCUGAAAAUGCCAUUGGUGUCAGUUUGCCCGCAGAGUCCCAGGGAGUCAGACUCGAGAAGCAUGCGACUGUGCCAUCACCGCCAACUGCUCCUCUUGAAAUACGCACUGUGGGCAGCAACAUUGUUAUGACGUCUUGGGGAACUCCCGAAUGGGAUGGUGGAGCACCACUGUUGGGCUACAACAUAGCCAUACGAGAUGUCACCAAAACAAUGUGGAUGGAGGUUGGAAAAGUCGAUGCUCAUACGCUCAAGUUCAACAUCAAAGACUUAAGUGAUAACCAUACCUACAUGAUAAGGAUAUACGCUCGCAAUGAAAUAGGAAUCAGUGAGCCUUUAGAGUCAGAUGAACCCUUCAAGGUUAUACCUGGAGAAGACUCGCACGCUGACGAGGAGGUGGGCGAGCAGACCGAGAUGACGGAGCCGACGUCGUUCAGCACGCAGACCACGACGUCGUGGAUGCGCGAGCACAACAUGGACGCCGACAUCCGAUCGUACGCGCGCGGCUCCCUGCUCCGUCGCGACGAGUAUUUCUUCAGAAUAUGGCACUACGCUAAGCAACUCUUCAAGUGAUGCGACAAGUCCGCGCAUUCAUUAACCUGUGAUAUUUAACGACAAAAUAUUUAAAGUUCAUAGUUGGCGGAUAGUAAUGUAUAGAUACACUUACUUCAACUAGACAGUGAAUCCACCCACGAAGUCUGUCAUUUUUUUAAUUUUAUAUUAUUAUGUUUUUUUUUGUAUCAGCAUGUAAUAUUUUAUUAUUUAUUUUAGAUAAGGAUCAAUUAUUUAUUUAUCUAAUUUAUUGUAAAAAUACUGACUGGUGUGACCAUUUGAGUCUCAUUCAAUACUUUUUAAGGGAGACGUAUUAAAUAUAGGUGCAAAAUAUUUAUUAUUCGAUAAAUUGAGUGAGGCUCAAAUCACAUCACCAGCCAGACUAUUAAAAGAUUUAAUAUAGCAAUUUUAAAAAUAA